GAUAGGUCGCACGGAUAGGUCGCACUCUCGCCUUACUCUUGGAUUAUAUCUUUGACUUUGUUUCUCAUAUGGAAAUUGGGUUGUUCUUUUUGAAGUUUUUUGUUUUGGAUUUAUGUGACCACUUUUGGAAUAGGAAUUUUUCGUACUGAGGUAAGCAAACACUGUGGGCUUUUCAUUUCAUUUCAUUUCAUUUCAUUGUGGUUAGCUGCACGAUACGCGCUAUUCAAAUUUCGCGCCUUUUUUCGAAAGCCAAUCAUGGCGGCUCACGCCUCCGAGCCGGAAAGAUCCAUGAUGAGCGAGGAUGAAAUGGUUUUUCAAACUGUGCAAAACAGGAAUCCUGCAAAAAGGCAACGUGGGAGAAGCUCUACUAAUAUAGAGAACUUAAAACACGCCUCAGAAUCAUACUCUUCGAACACCACUUUCCACACCACUUCCCCAAACCCAAACCCAAAGGGCUUUAACAUUUUCAUAACCCCAAUAGAUAGGACAAAAUCUUUGAACAAAGUAAAUCCCAUACAAAUAGCCAAGGCAAUUCGGGAAGUUUGCGUGAACCCUGUAGAUUUUAUCAAAACCACUAAUACGGGACUCUUAAUCAAGUGUAAAAAUACUAAGCAGGUGAAGGCUAUCUCAGAGAUUAACAAAAUAGGAAGUGUUGAUGUAAAAGUCAGUGAAGGAGUGAAUGGAUCAAAGGGAGUCAUUUAUGACAUCCCACAGGAAAUGAAGGAAGAGGAAAUUCUUAAUGAAUUGAAAACUCAGAAUGUGAUUGGGGUGAAGAGGAUGGUAAAAAGAGUCCGAACAGAUGAAACAAUAGAAGGAAAGCGCCAAAUCUCUCAAAUUCCCAUGCGCUGCGUUAUUCUAACCUUCAGUAAAGUCACUAUCCCCCCUGAAAUCCACUUAUGUUUCCAAAUCAAGCGCGUAAAACAAUAUGUCCCACCUGUAAUUAGAUGUUAUCAAUGCCAAAGAUUCGGACACAAUGCUUCACAAUGUAAUUCCAAUAAAAGAUGCGUCAGAUGUGGAGAAAACCACUCGUUCGAUGACUGUAAAAAAAAAGAAGAACGAAAGUGCGUAAAUUGCGGGGAAAACCACUCUGCAGCCUACAGCGGCUGCGCACAAGCAAAAAAGGCAAAGCAGGUUCAACAGAUACGGUAUGAAAAGGGGCUAUCGUACGCAGAAGCAGCUCAGUCCUGGCAGCAACAAAACAAAAAAGUAUCAAAUCCACAGCCUAUUCAACAGAAAAAUAAAGCCAACAAAACAUUGAGUAAGGAAACAGAAAAACAAACAAACGAACUUCCAGUGCGGAAUGUUGGUAAACCUAAUAGUACCUACGCACAAGCAGCUGUUCCGUCAUUCCUGACCAGAGCAAACACCACCCCACAAUUUCAAAACCAGGUUAUUCCUCAGGUACCACAGAGUAAAGAGACCAUUAAUAAUCAAGGAACGUCAAAUGAAACACCACAAGGCACUCCACCUAUGACCAACUUCAUAGCCUCGGCUAGUGAUGAACAAAUUAUAGAUUUUAUUUGCCAACUAAUUUUUAAAUUCACAGAAGGUAGAACUGAAAAAGAAUUGAAUACUCUUGUUUGCGUCGCAGCCAAAAGGGCGCUGCAACAAAAUAGUACAUAUGAUAGAACAAAUGAUAGUGAUUAAUUUACUCAUGUCACUUUCCAUUAUACACUGGAACGCCCAGGGACUCUUAGGGCACGGCAAUGAAUUAUUAAAUUAUUUAAACUUACACAAGGAUUUUAAAUAUGAUAUUAUUUGCAUACAGGAGACCUGGUUUCAUAAUAACAUUAUUUUGAAUAUUCCAGAAUAUACAUGCUUUCCUAGAAACAGACAAAAUAAUAUUAGAGGAGGCUGUGCUAUAUAUGUUCAUGAUAGGAUUAAGUAUGAGGGUCCUUUCACAGAUGCAAACUUAGAAUUACAACAAAUGAAUGUUUACAUAGGGGGGAAAAAUUGUCAAUCAUUAAUUAUUAUAACCCUUGUAAUAAACUGAAUGAAAAUAUUAUGAAUAAGUUAAUGGAAAAUGUAUCUAACAAUGAAAACGUCCUUAUAAUGGGAGAUUUUAAUGCUCACAAUGUUUUAUGGGGCAGCGAGAAAACAGACAAAAACGGUGAAGUAAUAGAACAUUUUUUGAAUAAGAACAGUUUGAUUAUUUUGAACAAUGGAGAGGGGACCAGAUUAGACCCACGAACGGGGAAAACAUCAUGUCUGGAUCUAAGUAUCACAUCUCCUUCUUUGGCGUGUAAGUCUACAUGGGGAGUCAUGCGGAGUACUUUUGGUAGUGACCACUUCCCAAUCUCUCUCCAAGUGUCUCUCGAAAAAAGUACAGAUCCGCAUAGAGCAAAUGCAGGUAUGCCUAAUGGAAAUGUGGUAGAAAAGCCUUUUUCUUUUAAGAAUAUAAGCUGGUCUAACUUUGCAAAGAAAUGUGAAGAAGUAUUAAAUGGACAGAUUACAUUAAAAAACACAAAUGUAAAGGAAAUGUACACCCAAUUUAUGGAGUACCUAAAAGAAGUUAUAAAGGAAGCUGUUCCCCAAAAGAGUAAAAAGAAACAAAACCCGGUCCCAUGGUGGACAAAAGAAUGUUCUGCUAAAAUUAAAGAAAGAAAUAAAGCGAGUAACAAGCUCUCUAAAGGUAGAAUGAUAACGCUGGAGAAUAUAGAUGAUUAUAGUAACAAGAAAAAAAUGGCACAACGAGUUCUCCGCCAAGCAGAACAAAAAUAUUGGCAAGCGUUUUGCACGAAACUGGACCGUUACAUGCCUGAGUCAAAAAUCUGGACCUGCAUAAAACGACUAAAUGGUGUUCCAGGUGCGAGGUCAAAAAAUAUGUCAUCAUUGACAGAAAAUGACAAAGAAAUAACUCGGGAGGAUGAAAAGGUGGAUGUUUUUGGACGCUACUUUCAAUCUUUAGGAAUGAGAGAAGAUAGGGUAAAUGAACAGUAUUUAGCUUUAGUAAAGAAUAGCAUGAAUAUUCAGGAGAGUGUUAUCAAUGAACCCUUUUUACUCAUUGAAUUAGAAAAGGCAGUACAGUCAAAAAAGCGGACUGCCCCUGGUCAAGAUAACAUUCCUUAUGAGGUGUAUGAAAACUUUCCUAAAGAAACUAAAAAGGUUAUGUUAGAUAUAAUAAACAGGAUUUGGGGAACAGGGGAAAUACCCCUCCCACUGAAGCACUCUAUUUUGAUACCAAUUUUGAAACCUGGAAAAGAUCCCCGGAAAGCGUCUUCAUAUAGACCCAUUUCACUCACAUCAUGCUUCGCCAAAAUAAUCGAGCGUUUGAUCAAAGAAAGGUUACAAUGGUAUGUAGAAAAACAUGAGUUACUACCCAAUUUUAUUAGCGGGUUUAGAAAAGGGCGGAGUGCCAUAGACAACAUAGUUCUCCUAGAAAACGAUAUUCAGAAAAGUAUCAAUUGUAAUGAACACAUAAUAGCUGUGUUCCUAGAUAUUGAGAAAGCUUAUGAUAAAUUAUGGAUAAACGGACUACUAUUCAAACUCGCCCAAAAAGGAAUAGAAGGAAAUUUGUUACAAUAUCUACAAAAUUAUUUGACAGGACGUACCUUUCAGGUAAGAAUUAAUAAUACUGAAUCAAAAACAUAUGAUAUGCAUAAUGGACUCCCACAAGGAAGUAUUUUGAGUCCACUGCUUUUUAAUUUAAUGAUUAGUGAUAUCCCUACAGAUCCUUCAGUGCCCUUAGCUGUAUAUGCUGAUGAUUUUGUCAUAUGGGCAUCAGGUAGGGAUAUCCUUCAAAUAUCAAGCAAACUUCAGGAAUACCUGAAUAGACUCCAGACUUGGUUUCGCAGAUGGGGAUUUCGGCUUUCGGCUGAUAAGACAGUCCCUAUAUUUUUUACAAAAAGUACAAUGAAUCUCUCACCACCGCAAGUAGAAUUAGACGGGAAAAAAGUGCCCUUUCAGAAUACUCAUCAUUUUCUGGGGGUAACUUUUGAUAAGAAAUUGACCUGGAAGCCACACGUGGAAAAUGUUGUAAAGAGAUGUAAAAGAAAAUUGAAUAUCCUAAGAUGUUUAACGGGAACUAAAUGGGGGAGCUCUUCUAAAUCCCUCGUAAAGGUUUACAGGGCAUUCAUAAGAUCUUUACUCGACUAUGGAUGUGAGGCCUACGAUAGCGCUACUACCACCACAAAAAAGGCACUUGAUUCGGUGCAAUACCAGGCGCUACGGAUUUGUGCGGGAGGACUACCUCUCACUUCCCUACAAUCCUUACAAGUGGAAAUGGGGGAAUUUCCCUUGGAUCUAAGGAGACAAAUUGUGUCAAGUAAAUAUAGACAAAGUAUCGAAAGAUCCCCAAACCACCCAUUAUCACAAAACAUAGGGCCAUGUUGGCAAUUUGAUUAUCUAAAGGGAAAAGACUUUCUUAGUAAACCUUUCGGGUAUAGAACCCAGAGUAAAAUAAAAAACUUCAUGACAGAAACUGCCGUACCAUCCCCAUUUCCGCCAUGGCUUUUUGAACCCCCACUGGUUUCGACCGAGUUGAGCUCUCGGAUUUCAAAAGCCGACCAUCCGAAUGAACUACAGCAACAAAGCUUAAAAUUGAUUAAUACAAAAUGGUCGAACCAGUUGCAUAUAUAUACAGAUGGAUCUAAGUUUCCGGAGAAGGGCCAAUGCUCGGCUGCUUUCUAUAUCCCACACUUUUCUGUACACCAAUGUAAAAGAUUAGCGAAUUUUACCUCAUCGUAUAGAGCCGAGUUGGCUGCAAUUGUUCUUGCCCUUCAAUGGAUCGAAGAAACAAACAUCUAUACAGGUGCAGUCAUUUUUAGCGACUGCUUAAGUGCCCUCACAGCCUUGAAACAUUUUAGUGACGAAUCCUUUGUCACAGAAAUAUUUAUAAUAACGACCCGAUUGAAAUAUAGAGGGAUCGAAAUCGCUUUGGAAUGGAUUCCAGGCCACUGUGGGAUAGUGGGAAAUGAAAAGGCAGACUUCUACGCAAAAAAAGCUCUAACUCAGGAAAUUGAAAUGCAUAAUAAAUUGACUUUAUUUGAAAAGACAAGUUUAAUUUUGUACAGUUCAAAGUUACUUUGGCAAGAAAGGUGGAAUGAUACCCAAUCGGCAUUAAAAAUCCUUCAGCCAAAUGUUAUCUCACAAUAUUCUUGUAAAUUGGGAAGAAAAACUGAAACUAUUCUUAGGCGACUACGCCUGGGAGUGUCUGGACUCAACCAAGACCUCUUGCGUUUGGGCAUCCACUCCACAGGUUUCUGUGACAGCUGCCCAACAUUAGAAACGGUCAGACAUUUUUUGAUAGAAUGUCCAAAGUAUAUAAUAGAAAGGGCCAUGUUAAUGUCAGAAGUUAAUAUUUCCAAGGAAGAGGACAUUAUGAUAUGUUUACGAAACAGUGACUCUCAUGUACAAAUGGCAAUUUCUCGCUUCGUUUUUAGAACGAAGCGAUUAUGUAAAAAGUAAAA